CGUCUGCUCAUUGGUCGCGAAGGAGGAAGAUGCGGCGGCCAUGGAGAAUAGAUUAAGGACUUUUCAAACCGUCCUGCUGGUGUGAUUGAUAUUCGGUGAUUUCAAGCCCGGGCACAUCGCGCUAUGUAGCGUAAUCUCACUGUGUUGGUACCGAAGUCUCGUUGCUUGGCUUCGGUGGUUUUUUGGCCACAUAUACUUGUAGUUUAUUCCUUUGGUUUUGUGUUGUUUGUUCUGUUUGGUCGUUUGAUAUGAUGUCGGGCCCGUUGUGCUGCUUUGAGUGAAGUCCCUCCCUCCCUACACAAUGUAGCGCCGAGUUCUUCCAACAGAUACGUCAUCACUGAAGGUGUUGCUGUGUGAACAAUGCGUGAGCGAUGUCUGAUGUUGAGGCCACAUACGCAGACUUCAUCGCUUCUGGCAGGACGGGCCGGAGGAACGCCCUGCAUGACAUCCUGCAGAGUCCCACCGACCCUGAGGGAAGAGAGAUGCCCCUCACCCUGUCUCUGUCCCAGCUGCACAUCAACGCAGGAGGAGGAGAUGGAGACGACAUUGAGGACAGCCAGAGCUCCUCCUCUUCGGCUCAGAGGGAGGCGGAGCAGAGGAACAGCUAACCUGCAGCACACUCCAGCCCGCAGACAGAGAUUUGCAGGAUGGAGUGAGGCUCCCACCAUGAUGAACCUGUUUGUCCAAAGUGGGCUGGUGGCUGGAGGGUAGUACCGUCACUGCUGAUAUGCCUUCAAGCAGGGCACAGUCUUCCAAAUUCAACUCGAGAAGUGCUGUAAUGUGAACACCCAGUGUGGCUCUGCUGUGCACUAGAAUAACAGAUUGAUUGCAGGGUGCUUUUCAGAAUCGGGGGUAAGCAGAGAGGCCAAUUUGUAGCUCUUGUAAAGCUAAUUUUAUUUUCAGUCUUAGUUACUAAACAAUAUAGGUUGGGGGACUGAAAUACAGGAAGAAAAUAGACGUGGCUCCUUUGUGAGUUUUAUAGUAGUUGAAGCAAUUUGUAAGACCACUGACAUGUGCUGAAGUAAUGGCUCACAGUGGGAGUAGCAUGUCUGUAGAAGUAGUGGUGCUGAUAGAUUGUACUGCCAGUUAAUGGCUUUAUGCUAACGCUAAGUUGAUAAUAUUGCAGAGGAAAAUGGAUUGGGCUGAAGUAAACCUGAGAGGACAAUGCUGCGGUUUGACUUCUUGUUUAUAUGCUGAAGGGUGUGUUCACUGUUCUGUACUGUAGAAAGCAGCAGGAUGCAACAGAGCAGUAGCCUUGUGGUCUGUUGACACCAAUAUUACUUAAUAUUGCACUUUCACUCAGUUUAAAUGUCAGUCGCUCAGUGAUUAAAGAUUGAUGAUAUACAUGUUUAAAAAAAAUGUUUAUACUUAAAGGGGUUUUUUUUUGUUUUUUUUAACAAUUUCAUUAUCACGACCUGUGAGGAAUGGUUUGACAUUUUUGUAAAUGCAUUUCUUCACUUAAUGAAAUGAUAAAAUGUCUAUGUGCUAUAUAUAAUGCAUGUAGCUAGAGUUUGUCUUAAUAGCCACCAGGGGGCAAUAGAUGUGGUUGCAAGAUCUCAAUCUGAUGUCUCUGUGCUGUGUUUUAUGUACAUCAUAAUAAUAUUGUUGGUCCAGGAUUAACAUAGGAACUGAGCAUUCAGUUAGCACUUGCUAAGAAGCUAGUGAAUGCUGUUAAAAACUGUCACUAGUAAACCACGAGUCAUUUGGCUAACAGCAAACCUAACUUGAUAAUACAGUUAUUAUUAUUAUUAUUUAAUAUAUGGUAUUAAAUAAUAAGUAAAGCACUUGAAAUUUUUACCAUUUGAUCCAAAAGUUGUUUUUUUCUUGACAUUGUAAAGCUAUGACAUCACAAGAACAUGACUGGUCAGUUGCAAUGUUGAUCCCAGAUGAUGCAGGAACAACACCGACACGAAGUUAUGACAUACCCCUGUUCCAAGACGAUUUCUAGUCCUAUUGAGGUCUUUAGUGGAAAAUGACCCCCAGACAUGGCCUCUAAAAACUUUCCUGCUGUGUUUAUGGGCUCAGCCCCUCAUAUCAGGUCAUACCAGAUAAAACACUGAGUCAGUUUUGUAAAUUAUGGUCAUUUUAAGUCUCGGAAGGAUUAUUAGGAUCUACUCAUUGACUAAUAACUCGUUAACCACUGAGUGUUUGCUUUCACACUGACAUCCAAUCCUCUCUCUUAACCUCCAGUUUCAAAAGACCAAGACAAUGAUGACAGAAAUGCUUAAAGUAGGAAUUCAGACACAUAUGGGUGAUGUUGUCUGGUCUAUGGUUAGCGCUGAGGUGGCCUGCAGAUGGACAUAUUGGCUAAUAUGAAGUAAACAAAUGAAUUAGAUAACAGAAACGUCCUUACAGGUUACAAUUAAAAGAUUAGCAUAAAAAAAA